CAAAACGAAACACAAGCCAAAACGAGCUCAGCUCUCACACUGAGACACACAGCCACACAUACACACACAGGUGAUGGCCGGAGGAGACGAACUGAAGCUGCUCGGCUCAUGGCUAAGCCCAUUUGCCACUAGGGUGAAACUUGCCCUCACCCUCAAGGGCCUGAGCUACGAAAACCUGGAAGAGGACCUCUCCAACAAGAGCGAGCUACUCCUCAGCUCCAACCCUGUGCACAAGAAGGUGCCCGUGCUCAUCCACAACGGCGCUUCCGUGUGCGAGUCCAUUAUCAUCCUGCAGUACAUCGACGAAGCAUUCGCCGACAUCGGCCCCUCCCUCGUCCCCCCGGACCCCCACCAGCGCGCCGCCGCUCGCUUCUGGGCCGCCUACAUCGAUGACAAGCUCGUGAUCCCAUGGGUGCGGUCGUUCAGGGGCAAGACGGAGGAGGAGAAGUCUGAGUGGAUGGAGCAGACGUUCAUCGCCGUGGAGACCCUGGAAGGAGCCCUCAGGGAGAGCUCCAAGGGCAAGGGCUUCUUCGGCGGCGACAAUGUCGGGCUCGUGGACGUCGUGCUAGGCAGCCUGCUCACGUGGGUGCACGCGACCGAGGUGAUGUCGGGGACCAAGAUGUUUGACCCUGCUAAGACCCCACUGCUGGCCGCUUGGAUGCAGCGCUUCGACGAGCUUGACGGUGCCAAGGCCGUCAUGUCGGACGUUAAUAGGAUGGUCGAGUUCAAGACGAGGCAGGCGCAGGCCAUCUCUGUCGCUGCAGCUUCACAGCGUCAGUAAACUAAGCUGGCAUUAGGUGUUGGAAACUAGGAAUACCCCUGUACCCGUUAUGUGAGGAUUUAUUUUGCAUAUUUGCUUAGAAAGAAUUUAUUGCUA